AUGCAUCCUCUUCUGCUUCUUGCUCUGUUCCCAUUGGCUGAAGCCAAAGGAUGGCUCAGUCCAGUCUACAAAAACUUUUUCGAAUUUCCCCUACCUGUUCCGCCUAUCGCUCAGCCUUACAAGUCAUAUGACAACAUUGAUUACUAUGAAAUCGAAAUCAAGCCUGUUGAUUUAGAGAUUUAUCCUGGCAAGAAAGCACGACACGUUGGUUACAACGGUACCGUUCCUGGACCGACUUUCAAGAUGAAGCAAGGACGUGAAGCUGUUGUCCGCUUCAUCAAUCAUGCCGACCGUGCAAACUCGGUCCACCUGCAUGGAUCAUAUAGUCGCGCUCCCUUUGAUGGAUGGGCAGAAGACACAACCGAGCCCGGACAAUACAAAGACUACUACUACCCCAACGCCCAAGCUGCAAGAACACUCUGGUAUCACGACCAUGCUGUUGGACACACUGCCGAAAACGCUUACUAUGGGCAAGCUGGAUUUUAUAUCCUGGAAGAUGACCAGAAGAACUCUUUUGGCUUGCCUUCUGGCAACUACGAUAUUCCCCUUGCUCUUGCAGCAAAACGAUACAACGCUGAUGGUUCACUCUGGGACCCCGAGGCUAAUGGAGAGACCACAAGUGUCUUCGGUGACGUUGUUCAGGUCAACGGACAACCUUGGCCUUACCUUGCCGUCGAGCCACGCAAAUAUCUGUUCCGCUUCCUCGACACCUCCGUUAGUCGUUCGUUCCAACUUUACGCCGAAGCAGACAAGAAGGUUGGCACUCGCAUUCCAUUCUCGGUUAUUGGUUCAGAUGCAGGUCUCCUCGCUAGUCCUGUCAGCACCACCCAACUCGACAUCUCAAUGGCCGAGAGAUGGGAAGUGGUCUUUGACUUCUCCUCCUAUGCUGGUCAGAACAUCACACUCAAGAACACAGGCAAUGUCGCUGCUGAUGACGACUUUGAUGGCACUGAUCGAGUUAUGCGCUUUAUGGUCGGCAAUUCAGUGAGCGAUAACUCUAACAACGGUCCUUUACCGGCAACUCUUCGAAGUGUACCACUCCCGCCUGCUAAGACGGGCGUCGACCGUUCAUAUGAAUUCGAGCGCAGUGGUGGAGAAUGGCGUGUGAAUGGAAUCACCUGGGCGGAUGUUCAAGAUCGCGUCAUUGCUAAGCCUGAGAGAGGUGCUGUCGAGCGAUGGGAGCUCAUAAACAGUGCAGGAGGCUGGAGUCAUCCAAUUCACAUCCACCUCAUCGACUUUCAAGUCGUUAGCCGCACUGGUGGCACUCGUGGUGUUCUUCCAUACGAACAGACUGCACUCAAAGAUGUCGUAUGGCUGAACAAAAACGAGAAAGUCCAAGUACUUGCCCGCUAUGGCCCAUGGGAUGGUCUCUACAUGUUCCACUGCCACAACCUAAUCCACGAAGACCACGACAUGAUGGCCGCCUUAAACGUCACAGCACUAACCGAUCUCGGCUACGAUGAAAAGACCACCUUCAUCGACCCUAUGGAUCCCAAAUACCGCGCUAAGAGUUUCAAACCCGAAGACUUUACCAACCGCGAUGGUGACUUUGAAAGCGAAGCAAUUUCCAAAAAGUGCAAGGAUUUUCAAGACUUGGAUGCUUAUAAGAAGGCAGGUGAGGUUGAGCAGAAACUUGAGGACUAUUGGAAGACACAUAGUUCGCAGACUACGCUUGUAACCAAGGCUUCUUCAGGUGGUAGUGGUAGUUCAAGCGGAGCUUCUGCCUCUGCGACUGGCUCUGGUGGUGCUUCCUCAGGGGCUUCGGCGACUGUUACAAGCUCAGACACAAAAGCUAGCACGUCAGGCAGCACACUCAUCACAUCUGCGAGCUCGGCGAAAACCACUUCUACCAAGAGUGACGAUAAAGGCGGAAAGAGUAAGACGACCACGAAGAAGUAG